UGACAAGUGAAAAAUAAGGCUGGAAUCAAUUUCGCUUUCCUCACGUCUUGUGUUUUGAAAGGAACUUCAGUUAUAUUCAUUUCUUACUGGAACAGUUUGAUUACAUAUGUGAUUAGAGGGUGGAUUCUCCUUUCACAAACACAACAUAGUCCUCUUUCGUUUCAUCUAUCGUUACUUAUUCCUUUACAUAAAACAAGGAAAAAAAAUAAUUACAGUGCUGAAUAAUAAAAAAAACCCCACUGAAAUCGCACCCCUUACGAAGAUGUCUAUAGAGAUUGGGAUGUUGUUGAUCGGCGCAACAGGAGUUGCCAUUUUCAUUGCCGUGAUAACAAUUGUCACUUUCAAGUUCCUGAGUUCAUACGUGCACAAAUGGAUUCAAAUGAAACCCAUACCCGGACUUAGCCCUACCUAUCCAAUUUUCGGCAAUGCUCUUCAUUUUAAAGCUGAUGGAGGAGAUUUCUUUAGUCAAAUGGCAGAGAUAACUGCUGAACACAGGAAUGCACCACUAUUGAAGAUAUGGUUGGGCACAUUGCCAUUUGUGCUGCUGUAUCAUGCAGAAAACGUUGAGGUGAUGCUGAGCAGCUCCAGGCAUAUCGAAAAAUCAUAUGCAUACAUAUUUUUACAUCCAUGGCUGGGCACAGGCCUGUUGACAAGCACUGGUGAAAAAUGGCGUUCACGAAGAAAGAUGUUAACGCCAACAUUUCAUUUUUCAAUCUUGACUGAAUUCUUGGAGGUUAUGAAUGAGCAGUCAGAUAUAUUGGUCCAGAAACUGGAAAAGCACUCUGAUAAGGAAACCUUCAACUGCUUCAGUCACAUCACUCUCUGUGCCUUGGAUAUUAUCUGUGAAACUGCGAUGGGAAAGAACAUCUAUGCUCAGAGUAACUCUGAUUCUGAAUAUGUUAAGGCUGUUUAUAGGAUGAGUGAUAUAAUACAUCGUAGACAGAAGAUGCCAUGGUUUUGGUCAGAUCUUGUAUAUUAUGUGUUCGGUGAAGGAAGGAAGCAUAACAGAAACUUGAAAAUUCUGCACUCCUUCACUGAGAGUGUCAUUGCUGAGAGGGCACGAAAUAUGGCCAAUCCUGAAAGGGAUUCUUUGAGCUCUGAUAGUGACACAGACCACACUGUCAAAAAGAAAAGAAAAGCUUUUCUUGACAUGCUCCUGAAUGCCACGGAUGAGCAAGGCAAUUGCCUAAGCCAGGAGAAUAUCCGGGAGGAAGUGGACACCUUUAUGUUUGAGGGACACGAUACCACAGCCGCUGCUAUGAAUUGGGCAAUUCAUUUGUUAGGCUCUCAUCCAGAGGAACAGAGAAAAGUUCAUAAAGAACUUGACGAAGUGUUUGGUACCUCUGACCGCCCUGUAUCCAUGGAAGAUAUGAAGAGGCUGCGAUACCUCGAGUGUGUUAUUAAGGAGUCUCUCCGCUUAUUCCCAUCAGUUCCUUUUUUUGGACGUACCUUUUGUGAAGACUGUAACAUAAAUGGUUUUAAAGUGCCGAAAGGAGCCAAUGCUAUCAUUAUCCCAUAUGCUCUGCACCGUGACCCCAGGCACUUCCCAGACCCUGAGGAGUUCAGACCAGAGCGCUUCCUCCCAGAGAAUUCCUCCAAGAGACACCCUUUUGCAUUUGUUCCAUUUUCAGCAGGGCUAAGAAACUGCAUAGGUCAACGCUUUGCACUGAUGGAGGAGAAAGUUAUUCUCUCCAAGAUACUGCGCCAUUUCCAAGUAGAGGCCAAACAGCAACGAGAUGAGCUGCGCCUCGUCGGGGAGCUCAUCCUUCGUCCAGAGAGUGGCAUCUUGAUUCAGCUAACAAAGAGAACACAGAAACUCAUGUAAUCAUUCGAUUACCACACACAUGCCUUUUAGUCCAUGAGCCCGGUACCUAAAUUUUGACUCAUUGGUACCACCCAGAGGGGCAAAUUCUAACAAUGCAUUUUUGAAAGCCCUAUACCUGUGGAUGAUAAAAAGGUAUUAUAGCAGCUUAUAUAAAAAUCCAUCACUUACAAUCACCCCCCUAAUACUGAUGAAAAAGCAAUACUACACAAAUACUCUUCAUUAUAUGAACAGAGAAUCAUUGUAAAUCAGUUUUAAUAAACAAUUAUGACAAAGUUAAUUACAAUAACUAUUUUUUAUAUCAAAAUGAACACUUUUAACUAGAUACAUCCUGUUUUUUUGCUUUGUAUUUGUAUUAGAACUCUAAUUCAUCAAGUUCAUUGUCACUUGAGAGACCAACAAGUCUUGAGUUUGCACAUGUCUGAGCACUUCAUUCUAUUGCUCAUGUAUGGGGAGUCUGGUAGCUGACAGGAUCUUGCACAUUUGCAGGCCAGAAGUUCCAACACUGCUUCAGGUGCUGGAGGACCAUCCAUCCAGUCGAUAGUAAGGUCAUCUUGGCCAUCCAGACUCAAGCUUCCACCCAAAUCCAAUGGGACUUGGAAUGUCAGGCCUGUUUUCCAAGCACCUCUUCCAUAUGGCUGUUUGAUAAUUGGCUGUCUGUGCAUGUUUAAACAAUCAGCACAUGGGGGUAACUGAUGCGACUCAAUCUCACUGCUGCAGAAUAGCUGAUACCGAAAGUCAUUUACCUUGAUGUCUUCAGAAUUAGAUCCAUACAACUGACAGGUAAACUUGUCCAGUUUGGAGAACAGGCACUGCAGACUUUACUGGUGAAUUUUGUGCGAGUGCAAGUUCCACAUUUCACAAAGAGAGGUGCAUGAAUUACAUAAUUGAAGGCAAGGCAGAGCAGAAACACAUCCGUGUCCUCAGAAGUAAUGACAACUGCUCUGCUUCCAGAUUUUGCAGCAUGAGAAGCAUGGAGUAGAAGUCUUCUAUCUGCUUCUUCUUGGUGCGACUCUAAAUCAGGCAUCUCCUCACUGGUGUCCUUUGUAAUUUUAUAACAUCUCUGCGAACCAUUUGGCCCCCAAUUAUGUUCUUGUACUAAAUUCCUAAGUCCUGACAUCGGUUUAGUCUGUCAAAUACAAUGUCAAUUCUUGAACUUUGGGCAUUUUCUCUGAGGGCUGCUAACAAGACAUUCUUCAUGUGUAGCUCUUUCCUGGUCUGGGCUAUCAGGAUCAUUUGGCCAAAGAGUUUCCUGUCUGCUUUGAGAAUAAGAUCCUUGCCCUUUUGCUUUCAUUUUCAUUUUCUUUUUUUGUCAUAUCUGAGAAUGUCUUCAACUCCUGUUUUGUCAGCUUGUCAUGAAAUGUGUACUUUGGAGUCACACUCUCCAGUCGUUCUUCUCGGAACUUCUGAUAUUUACUCUUUCCAACCGCCUUUACAUUGAGAAGAUCAUCAGUUAUAUCUUCAGACACAGCUAUUGCAGUUCACAAACUGACCAUUUCUUGCUGACUUUCAAAUGGAUUGAACCAGUUCUCGGCGACAGCUCCCUUAUCUUUUGAUAAUCCUUGGCUUUCGGAGCUCAGCGUGAUGCACAUCACACUUUCCAAGGCCUAGCCUGUCCCUGAACUUGUGGAGAAAACCUCUGUUUUCUGCAAGGUGCUUUACCUAGAUUGCACCAGUAAAAACCCAACUGUAUAAAUGGGUAAUUGUAUGUAAAAAUAAUGUGAUAUCUUGUAACAAUUGUAAGUUGCCCUGGAUAAGGGCGUCUGCUAAUAACUAAAUAAUAAUAAUAAUUUGUGUCAGCUUGCUAUGUGUGAGAAAAAUAAAUAUUGCCUGAGUUA